AUGACUCAAGAUGGCAACGACGCCCUCGGUGCUUUCUUUUCCGCAAUUAACAUCGACCUUCACAUUUUGGAUUUAUUGCUACCACGACUCCUGCCUCAUCAUAAAAGCCCUGUCACUAUUCAGCGGUUUACCAAGCUGUCUCUAGCAGAGCGACUCUCCGCCUCAAACAUCAUGGCGCACAACAUGGGAAAAGAAGCAUUCCCUCUCUUUCAGUAUAACGAGUUCGAUGUGGGGGCUCUCUGUCACCUUGCAAGCGAGAUGCGACGAGGUCUCAGGUGCACAUGCGAUUUGAAUCAGCGUCCAAAACGAGGCGGCUACAACUGGGCAGUUUUCGUUUUAUUUGAAGAUGGCCUUGAAUGGGUUCUUCGCUCGCCAGUGCAGAAUCAUCCCAGUGUGUCUGAUGAGAGUGUCGUCAAACUUCUUUUAAGCGAAACUGCUACGCUUAAAUACCUCAAAACUUACACAGAUGUACCUGUUCCUGAUGUUUAUUCAUAUUGCGCCUAUCCAAACAACCCUAUCCGGAUCCCAUACAUUUUGAUGAGCAAGGCGGAGGGCAAGUCGUUGGAAGCAAUGUGGGAGGGGAACGAUCUCCAUGAUCACCUGGAUUCACUCGAUGUCAAGAAAGUGAUGUCCCAACUUGGCCACAUUACUUGGAAGCUUGCCCAAGUCCGGUUUGCCCAAAUCGGGUCUCUAUUUGAAGAAAAUGGAUAUUUUGUUAUUGGAGAAUGCCUGUCAAAAGGCCACAUACGACAUAAGAGACAGUCCUUGAAAGGAAUUCCUCGCGGACCUUUUAUCAGCGAGAGUGAAUUCUACCUCAGUCUCAUAGCGGUUUUGAUCAAGCACGCCGAAACGCUACCAUUGGGCCACCAUUGCUUCGCUGCACCAGUGCCAUCUAGGAAUGACUACCCCAGCAGGGAUAUGUGGCGGGAUGCCUGCGAUCUUCGGAAUGACUUCGUCACUGUUGGGCAAAAAGCCGACAGCGCCGCAAAUAGAGUUGACUAUGUUAUUGCUGCUCAGGCGCUCAAUCAUUUGAUCUCUCAAUAUUCGGCCAACUGGUCCGGAAUCACAUAUCCGGUCAAUUUUGCACUCUGCCACCCGGACCUCACGAUGAGCAACAUAUUUGUCGACGAUCAAUACACAAUUACGUGCAUCAUCGAUUGGGCAUUCACCACUACUGUGCCCCUUCCCUUACUUCUGUCACCUCCCGGGUUUCCUCAAUCGCGGCACAGGCUAGAUGAUAAAUUCUACGUCGGUUUCAAAGAUGGAUUCAAAGAUGCAGCGGGACCUGAUUCGCACAGUCCAGCAAUGGGCUUGUCUGUCCCCAAAGCCGUUGAGUGCGUUAAAAAUAGCCAAUUUGCUUGGUGUCUCGCAAGGUUCCUAGCAUUCGAUUCUACUGACGACGUUUCACUUUUUCGUACCAUGUGGGAAUCAGUCUACCCAUCGCACCAGAAGCUCGAGACAUAUUUCUUUUUACAAAGAGCUCUGCCAUGUUAUCGAACCCUUUACAAAAAGAUCAGACAAGACGACUUGUCGGAACCCCCAAUCCAACAGUUAGAGACCGAUCUUUUCACCAAACCAUUGACCUUCGAGCUUUCUUUGGCUCGUCAUUUGACAAUGGUUUCAGACUGGGGAUCCAACUAUGACCCGUUCAAAUGUGCUGGCCUCCGAGAUACAGGGCAGAUAUUCAUCACUGAGCGACGGCUCUGGCGAUGGAUUUUGGAAUACAAAAAUCAACAUCGCGACAGGUUCGGCAUUGAGGAGUGCGAGUUUUGA